AGCAUUUAUUAUCAGUAAUGGGAGUUAAUUUUUAUUACUGCGUUGAAAUAAUAAUAAAUAAAACAAGUAGCAUUUGUUAAUAGUAAAAUAAAGAGUACAGUAGAUUCGAGAAUGAAGACGAUAAUGAGAAGAAAAUGUUGUCAUGAGUUUGUGUCCUCAUUCCUAGCUUCCUUAACUCUAUCUAUAAUCCGCUGCACUUGGUAGAAGGGAAAAAAAAACUUCCUAAGUUUUAAGUUCAUUAGAUUUGUUUGGAAAAGUGUUCCCUCGUAGAGAGAGAUAGAAAAAAAAAUGUCUUGUUGAAAGCCCAUCUCAUGAUUUUCCCCAGCUCAAAGGUUACAGUCGAGCGCGCAUGUGCUCAUGGGUAUGGGGAGAAGGAGAAAUGCCCCCAUUCUAGGGAAGUAGUGUAGUGGUUUUGCGAAAGAGGGUCGGGGAUCGGCGAGAGAAAGAGAGUGAGAGAGAGGGGGCGCGAAAUGGAGAAAGGACGAAGGACGGCGUCGUCUGAAGUCUAGCGCUAGGCCUCCCUGGCCUUGCGUUCCUCCCAUAUAUCAAAUAUUAGUUGACGAUAAUUAUUGGAUUUGAAAUCUACAUCUAUGUGAUAACUACACAUCCUGAGCACAAUUCCAAGCUAAAUUAUAUCAACAGAAACUCUGUAGUAGCAUGGAGCAUUAAAUGAAGAAUGGAAACUAAGACUUCUGAAAGACGUUACAAUACUAGAUUUCGAGGUGUGCCAAGAUCAGUUUUCACUUAUUCCCGAAAGAAGUCUACUGCAAAGUCAAAUGAUGAGAACCAUCUACAAAAUGACAUCCGAAAUGAUUUUGUUUACACAAAAUUGGGCAAGAAACCCAAUCAAAAGGAACCAACUAGUCCCCCAAAAUCAAAAAUCAAAGCAGAAUCUUUUACGUCUGUUAAAACUGAAUCAAUAUCUUCUGAAAUGGGCACAAAAGUCACACAGAAUGGCACUCAUAAGUCACCAGCUGAACCAAAAAAAGAGGUGCCACCACUUAAAAUCAAAGAUGUACCUGCAAUCAAAAACAAAGAAACAUUACUCAAAAAGAGAGAAAUAUCACAUAAAAGGACAGACGUUUCUCCUCUUCAAUCAAAAAUUCUUGCAAACGAAAAAAAUGAAUUUUCAAAAACAGAACAUAAAAAAUCUUCAGCAACUGAUGACAAAGAAUCAAAUUCUCCUGAAAGUGAUAUAAAAUUGAUCGAGAUGAAGAAAGAAGUAAUUGAAAAUCAAAACAAGCUUAUCAAAACUGAAGUACAAUCGGAAGAAGUUUCACCUUUAGUAAUUAAUCUAAAAGAUGCCCCUUCCCCCGAACACGAUAAAAAUGAUUUAAGUUCUGAGCCAUACCCGAAUUCCGAGAAUGAAAUGGAUGGUGAUGAAAUUAUCUACGAUCCUAAAUCGCUGGUUGACGAUCCCAAUUUUAUUUCUGAAAAUGGAGGGAAGUCUGUUUGGAUUACAUCAAAGGAAAAACUUAGUUGGGAUAGAUCAGCUGUUGCUAGCUACAAUCCUAAAACUAAAAUGUUUCGUUGUGUUGCGUGCCAAGCAGUUGGUUUUAUGUCUAGAAUUGGCGAGCAUUACUUAGGAACGCAUUGUAAUGCGAAAGUUUUUCACUGUCCUCAAUGUUCUUAUUGCAGUGCAUGGUGGAGGUGUGUUAGAAUCCACAUGAGUAAAAACCAUGGAGUUUCUAAUGCCCCUGCCUCUAUAUGGAAAAACCAGCCGUUAUUAGAUGAAAUAAUGCAGAUUCUUCAAAAUUUGAAACAAAGUGUGGAUUGCGAGGAUAAGGUUGAAAGGGUCGCUGAAAAUAGCGGGAAAAGGUAUAUCUGCCCCAAAUGUCCUUAUGCCACAGAUCGGCGAGAUCUUUAUAACAGACAUGAAAAUAUCCAUCGUGAAGAAAAGCCCUUUCAGUGUUAUAUUUGUUAUAAACUUUUUAAUAGAGCUGAUCAUGUUAAAAAACAUUUCUGCCGCAUUCAUAAAGAAUUUCAUUACGAUAUUAAUUUAAUUCGACGCUUACCUUCAAAGCGUAGUAAGAUUCCCGUUAGUCCUUUAAAUGGUUUAAAUUCUGUUGCUGGACGAGACAUAACUGGGUCCUCGAACGGCUUGAUAAAUCCUCCUGUACCUGUUACCCAAUCACAGUUGUUAAAUUGUUUAAUUGGUUCUCCUACAAUGGUCCAAGUGAAGAGAGAAAUCGAUCAGAUGCCAGAUAUUUCAAAGAAAGAUCCACUUUUAAACGAAAGCAAAAAUGACAAUACUUUUAACAAAUCACACAGUAACUUACUCACUUUUUUAACUCAGAAUGCAUUUUCACCUAAACCUAUUAGUAAACCUACACCUGUAAGAAACACAGACACGCCAAUAAAGGAUAUUUUACACGAUGCUCUUGUAAAACCUCCAGGUUAUUCUUCAUUUCAAAGCUCCCAACCAAAGAGUUACAAUUGUGCCUAUUGUCCAUGGAAUGGUCCUAAUGCAUGGGCACUUCGCCUUCAUACUUCAAUGCACUACAAAACAUGUUGUGUAUUAUGUAAUUUUAAGUCUACAGAAGCUUCAGACUUAGAAAAUCACAUGUGGGAAUGUCAUAAAAAGAGAUCCUGUAACAAGUGCAAUUUCCUUGCCGACAGUCUGUUAGCACUAGAUGCUCAUAUGAGAGAAGUACAUUUUCUGAAGCCCCAGUUUUCAUGUCGUCAUUGUUCUCAGUCAUUUGAAGUACGAUCAGACAUGGAAGCUCACUGCAUUUUCAUUCAUAAUCAAGUUUUGCAAGAAUGCAAAGAUAAUGGUUGCGACUUUUGUACCACAGAUCCAGAAAUAUUACAAGUUCAUAAAAAAGAAAACCAUAGCUCAUCUUCUACUACACAAGAUCCGAGUGCCUCAAGAACCCUGUGCCUCUACUGUGGAUGCGAUUUUGCAGAUCCUCAGUCACUCUCCUUGCAUGAAGAACUUUUUCACGAAAACCCUCUUCAAGUUGCUGGUCGUCGUCCACUCAAUCCUUACGGCUGUGCAGUGUGUGGCUACUCCACUCCGAAGCAGCCGAUGAUGAUGGAACACAUGCGAAUCCACACUGGCCAAACACUUCGCUGUCAAGCCGGUGAUGGCUGCAACUUCAACACACCAUAUGACACCGUUCUCAGGGAGCAUGUGCUGCAGAGUCACAGUAAUGACGAUGGUGUCGUACGAUGUCCUCACUGUGGCUUUCGCUGUAGCACAAGAUUUUCAUUUGUUACUCAUUAUAAAGAACUUCAUCACCCAUUUUGUUGCCAGCUGUGCGAAGAAAUAGAACACAAGCAUUUUGUUUCACCCCCGGCCACUUCUUAUCUGGACUCCUCUGUCAAGACCAUGUUCCCUUUUGCGAAAAAAGUGAGCUCAACUCCUACUAGCAGCGUAGAGAAGUCCAGUGAAGAAAAUGGUAGGCGUUCCCGUAAACAGACACAGCCGAGAAAAGUUAUCGUACAGGACACUUCACCGAGUGAACAGAGAAUAGAGAAAACGCCAUCUAGAAAAGAAACGAGAAACACUAGUUCCCAGAGAGAAUUUAUAUCUUUAUAUAUAAAGAAAGUUAGAAAACUAGCUCAAGGAUCACUUUUAAAAUGUAGGAUUUGUGUAAAAAGUCCAAUAUAUUUUAGGCAUAAACGAAAUUAUGUACUUCACAGGCAGUGGCAUUGUCUGAAGAAAUACAACUGCAACAAGUGCAUUCAAACUUUUUGCCAUCGCUACCAGGUGCUUUUACAUCAGAGAGAACAUAAAAAAAGGACCCAACAUUCUUAACUGUAUUUGUGUUUAUGUAAAUGCUUUGUAUGCUGAUGAAUUGGUAUCGGUUAUGUUUAUUCUUAAAUGGGUUGCUGGGAUUAAUAAUGAACCAUUGCUCUGUGUUUAAGUCAUACAUUUAGGUUUGCCUUUUUUUUUUUUUAAUUUUUAAAUUAGCGUGUCUGGUGUUCAGCUGCAUCUUUUUUUGAGAAAUAUUGUUUGCUAGUAUGUCAGUGUUAGGCAUGUGAUAAUUUCCAAGGUCCUGCUCUUGCAAAUGUGAUAAUUUUCUGGCCUGGAAUUUAAAAAAAAGAAAAAGAAAGCUAUAUAUAUAUGUAUAAUUUGAUCCUUAAAAGUAUAAACUAGUAUUAUGAAAGGUUUAAAAACUGAAAAAAAACUUCUAAAAUGAAACAAAUUUAUUUAUUUUUGAACACACUGCCUGCUGAACCAUUAUUCUGACAGUCAGUGUGAUCAAAAAACUUUUUGCUUAAAAGCAAAACAUAGAAAACAAAACCGGUGAAUUUUGUGGAAUGAAAAUUUAUUACUAUAUAUAUAUAUCUUCAUAUUGAAUUAUUGUUACAUUUGAUAUUGAUAGUUGAAAUGAGAAGUUGUACUAUAUGUUAUAUAAAAAUAAUGUGUGGGGCUUCUUUUGUUUGUUUUCUAUUUUUUAAAUUGGGUCUGUGUGUCAUGUUUUGAGAGAUAAAGCUGUUCUCUUUCAGCAAAAAAGCAAAAAUAUAUAUCAGUUCCUCUUGCACUUGCUCAUGUUUGUGUUUAGAUUUUACAAUAUAUUGAAGUAUCUAAGAGAGAACAUAUUCAUAUCAGAUUUUUAUGUAUGCCAUAUUUUGUGCAUUUGUGCUCGCAUUCUAUUUACUCAAUAUCCCUAAUAUUGAGUAAAGGUACUCAAUAUCCCUUAUAAACAUGG